CCGAGUUGCAUGAACGUCUUGAAUUAGGCUCAAUUCUUUACUCCAGUUACUCCAGUCAUGUUAUUCCAGUCAGUCUUUUUUGGUCGAUUUAUGUAUCACUUGGUCCAGUUCUUUAUUUCGGUCCAGUCAGGUCUUUUUUGGUUGAUUUACAUGUUCCACCGGGUCACUUGCCAGGUUACAUGAACAUCUCGAAUUAG